AUGGGAGUGGACGAGAAAUUUCUCGUUCCUUCUUUGUAUUUGCUGACGGGAAAAUUCUCGUUCUUGAUCACAUCCCCUCCUCCUCCGAUCAAAACGAUACAGCAUUUACUCUUCGCCGUUGUACUCUCCGAGGUCACGCUGAUACUCGCGACGGAAGGUGCAAUGAGCCCGACGGAUGAGGUCAUCAUGGCUAAACAUCUCCUUGAAUCGACUCUCAUGGGUGGAUUUUUUUUCCUUGGGCUGAUGAUAGGCAGGCAGCACCACUACAUGAGAGAGCUGCGCAUGAGAAGGAAGAGAAUGGAAGUUAUAAAGAAAGAAGGAACGGUUUUGAAAGGUGAGAAAGCCAGAACUUUAGAAGAAGUCAAAAGCUUGAAACAAGAGAUCACGUCCCUUGCAUUCAGAUCAUCAAGACUGCCACUGUCCCUGCCAAGCUUUGCAAGAGGGAGGGUACCAAGCAGUUCCACAAGAGAUCACAUCCCUUGA